AUGAAGGCCAAGGGCGCGGAGGAGACCGUGUGCCAAGACGCGGCGGAUCUGAAGGCCAAGGGCAACAACUUGUUCGCCUCCGGGGACUACGCCAAGGCGCUUGAGGUCUACGACGAGGGGCUGAAGAAACUCAAGGACAAUGGGGCCGAGGCGGCGAUCCUGCACAGCAACAAGGCGGCCUGCUACAUCCAGAUGAAGAGAUUCAAGGAUGCGGACAGGAGCUGCUCGGCGGCAUUGGCGGCUAGUCCCGGGAAUGCGAAGGCCUUGGUGCGGAGGUCUAGGGCGUACGAGCAGCAGGGGCUGUACAAGCAGGCGCUGGCGGACAUUCAGCAGGUUAAUCGAGGGGAAUCCGCGUCGGCUGAGACCAAGGAGGCGGAAAAGAGGCUCAAGGACGUGUUGGCCGGGCGGCGGAAGGGCGUGGCGGACAUUGGGCCAAGGGGGAUGGGCAAGGCCGGCGGGCGGUGGCCGCGGAUGGCGUAUUUCGCGGCCAAGUGCGUGUUGGAUGAUGAGGCGAGGAUGAUCCACCUGGCCCACGGGACGUCCUACGCCGAGCUGCUGGCAAUGGUGAAGGCCAAAUUCCCAUCAUCUGGCCCCGUGGCAUUGAAGUACGUGGACAAGGAGGGGGACCUGGUGACCAUUGGCGAGAGGGCGGACGUCAGUGCCGCCAUCGCGGAGAGCGUGGCGGCGUAUGAGAAGCAUCUUGGGGGCGGCCACGGGCCGAGAUUGCCGCCCCAGAUUCCGCCCAUCAAGAUUCAUCUGUUCCGGGUGGCUUCAGAGGAUGAAGUGCCCAAGCCGCCGGAGGUUGAGGUGGCAGAGAGGGCCCAGGCGCUGGCGGUGCAGAAGAGCUUGGCAGCGAGGGCAGCUGGGAGGGCGGGGGAGGAGGAUGGGGUGGGUGAGAUCGACGAUUGGCUGCUGGACUUUGCCAAUCUGUUCAGGGAGAGUCUGGGCAUCGACCCCGACAGGCACGUGGAGAUGCAUAAUGUUGGCGUGGAGAAGUGCCAGCGGGCGCUGGAGGCCUCCGUGCAGAGCAAGGAUGCGCUGCCCAUCUUCGACGAGGCGGCCGAGAAGUUCAAGGAGGUGACCUGCGUGGGGCUGCUGAACUGGGGGAACGUGCACCUGUGCGUGGGGCACAAGCUGGCGGGCGAGGCUGCGAUGGCAGGGACGCCCGCUUCGUCCGUUGAGGCUGAGGUGCUGGGCUUCUUCGACAAGGCCCAGGGGCGCUACGACGAGGCCAUGGCCCUGAAGGACGAUUUCUAUGACGGGAUCUUGGCAUUGGCUCAGCUGGAGUUCGAGCGCGCGAAGGUGAAGGUGGGAUUGAUAAUCGAGCCCCCGGUUGCAUCCGCCUCUGGGGAGGGAGCUGAGGAGGCCGACUUGAACAGCGCCGCGGCGCUCAAUGAGGCGAUGAAGAAGGCGCUCGGAAGGGUGGACACGGCAAAGGUGGCGGAGGUGCAGCCGCUCGUGGACAAGUGCUGGGAGCUGUACAAGAAGGGAGUGAAGCUGGGUGAGGAUCUCGAUGCGCAGAGCGAGAAAGAAAAAGAGAAGAAGGCAGAGGCAGGGAGCAAACCUGCGGAUACCCGGGUCGAUCGCACGGCGGAGGGCGUGGACGAGCCAGGCCUGCAGACCCAUGCACUGGUGAUGUGGGCCAAUGUCCAGUUUGAGUACUCACAGAUUUUGGCGGUGUCAGGGGGGGAGUGGCGGCCAAUGUUGGACGAUGCUGUGGUGAAGUUCCGGAAGGCUGGGUGCAACGAGAGAGACGUGAUACAGGCGCUGAAGAGUCACAUCAGGUCGGAGGAGUUGGACAUCCCGGAGCCUCCGGAAGAGGCGGCAGAGGCCAAGGCCAGCGCUGCCACAGCGGAUGGCUCACCACCUGUCAAGGGGCUGCCAUCUCUGGGAUCCAAGCCAACGAAAAAGGCCCAAAACUGA